UGUCGCGCCACACACGCACACACAAAUACAGAGCUAACGUUAGUAAGUUACCAGGUUAGCUAGUCUAGCAUUGAGACCUGGCUAUUUAGGUAUGCAAGUGCAAAGCCUGACUUGAACCUAUCACUAUCACUGUCACUAUCACUAUCACUAUCACUAUCAAUCAGUAGCGCAACAACGAGCUCUAAAAAUUUCCCCGUCCGUCCCUUAUCGCUUUGGUGAAGGUUCGAGGUGACUCCCAGUCCUCCUGUAUCGAAUUUCCCUUACGGCAACAUGUUUGCCUGCAGAGCCUGUACAAGGCGCGCUCUUGCUGUCCUUCUGGAAAGCUCCUUACCUGCAGAACUCAGUCAAGCAACGUCGUCAAGAUGUCCACCCAUACCAAACCACUCCGCCCGAAGAACCUAUGCGACCGGUGCUGUUGCUGCGAAAGAGGACGCGUUCAGCAGUGUCCAGCAAAGUGAACAUGUGCCCGGGUCUAGGAAGCAGAAGACCGUGGUUCCCAAAGCUACUGAAAGGGCCGUCAAGAAGCAGAUGGAGUUCCUCAACGAUCCAUUUCAUUUUGGCAAGGAGGUCGAGAAAGCUCUGGCGAAGGAUCGAUUCGAAGAGGCUGCCCUUCUCACCAGGAAUGCGAGCAAGAAUCAUAGGCUCACCGUCGCCUGGAAUCACUUGAUCGACUAUCAGAUGCGAAAUCUCAAGUUACAUGCCGCCAUCAAACUAUACAAUGAGAUGAAGAAGCGCGCCCAGUUCCCAAAUGCUCAGACAUACACCAUCAUCUUCAGGGGCUGUGCCAUAUCUCCUCACCCGAAACUCGCUGUUGCCGAAGCCAUCAAAUUGUACAACAACAUGCUGGCCGGCGAUCGAAUCAGCCCAAACAUCGUCCACCUGAACGCGGUCUUGCAGGUUUGCGCAAAGGCCAAGGACAUCGAGACCAUGUUCACUGUGAUCAAGACUGCAGACGCCAAACUCAGAACGCCCAACAACCUCACAUAUACUACCGUCCUCAAUGCCCUUCGCGCCGUCGUCGAUGUCCCUCUGGACCGUAGCACACCCACCCAAGAAUUGAGCCCGGAGAAACAGCAGGCAAUACAACGGGCCAAAGCAAUAUGGGAGGAGAUUAUACAGAAGUGGCGAGAUGCCAGUAUCUUCAUCGACGAAGAACUAGUCUGUGCCAUGGGCAGGAUUCUUCUCAUGGGCGGAUUCCACGACAACGAUGCCAUCUUUUCCCUGGUCGAGCAAACCAUGGGUAUCACCAAGGAACCUGAGAGACUGAGCAGUCUGGCUUGGAAGGGGUUGAAAGAGGAGAGAGCAUCCCAAGCGGAAGCCCAGGACGAGAAAGCAGCACAAGUCCCCACCACUUCUUCGGUCCCAGUCGCAACAAAGGAUGACUCAAAACCAUCCGCAACACAAGUACGACCAGGGAAAAACUCCCUCUCCAUGGUCAUGACGGCGAUUGAGAAUACCGGCAAAGCUAACCUUGCGCGCCGUUACUGGAUCGUCUUCACCAAGAAUUUCGGUGUGGAACCCGAUGCCCACAAUUGGUAUGCUCUCUUCCGCGCCCUCCGUCGUGGCAAAAGCAGUACCAAAACCGCCGAAUAUCUUGCAGAAAUGCCCAAGGUCAUGAUGUCCGCCAAGCUCUUCCGCAUUGCCAUGCUCACCUGUGUGCGCGAUAAUCUCAACAAGUCAUCCUUCAACAACGCCACCCAAAUCCUCGAGACCAUGCUUACCACCAUGCGCAUACCGGAUUUGUACGUCCUGCGCACCUACCUGCGGGUAGCUUACGCCAACAAGCGCCUAUUCGAAGAGAUGGCCGUACAGAACAAGGACGCCAACGCAUCCAAGCUUGCUUGGGGUCGUCAGAUGUGUGUGGCUCUCGAGAACUUGUGGGAGCCUUAUCAUAUUGUUGUUAAACAACUCUCGCACGGAGGUCUCGCUGACGUCCCCGAGAAGAAUUUCGUCGAGGAGAAAGAGAGGAGCGUCUGGGUACAGGAGGCCAACCAGAGAGCGGAGUUGGCGGCGCUGGCGCGAAAGAUGAUUGCUGCGCAUGAUAGGCUGAUCUUCGAAAACAUGCUACCACCUGCGGUCGCCAAACGCUUAGCACCUCGGAGGAACGCGCUGAACAGGUUUGUGGUCAAGUAUUUUGAGGACAGAGAGAGAUUCGAGCCGGGGUGGAACAGAAAGGUCGAGGAAAUCCAAGCCAAUAAAGAGGAUGAUGAAGACUUCGACUUUGGUGGUAAGGGGGGUUGGUAGACGGCCGCUCCAAGAAUUGUAUAAUACGCCAUCUGAGUUUACCAUUCGGCGCGAUGUAGGCUACGUGUACAAACCGAUGUAUAAUGACGGACGAUACUCCUGUACAAAUAAAGCAGAUCAAAAUACCUCUCAAGCAUUAUAGACUA